AUGGUGGUGCAAGUGGCCAACAGCAUGCACACCAUGGCCUGCAGCCUGCAUGCAACCUCCGUGCCCUCUGUAUCCUGCCUGAUUGGGCCCUGUGGGUUAGGGUGUGUGCUGUCCAGUCCUGCACACAGGACAGCUGUGCUCAAAGCACAUAAAUUCACAGAGAAACAUGAAUGGAUAACAACAGAAAAUGGUAUUGGAAUGGUAGGAAUCAGCAUCUUUGCACAGGAAGCUUUGGGAGAUGUUGCUUAUUCUAGUCUGCCUGAAGUUGGGAUAAAAUUGAAAAAGCAAGAUAAGUUUGGUGCUUUGGAAAGCAUGAAAGCUCCCAGUGAAAUCUGUUCUCCUGUGUCAGGAGAAGUAGCUGAAAUUAAUGAAGCACUUGCAGAAAAUCAAGGGCUUGUGGACAAAUCUUGUUGUGAAGUUGGUGGGCUAACCAAGAUGACAGUGAGUGACACUUCAGAACUAGAUGAGUUCUUGAGUGAAGAAGCAUAUGAGAACUAUGUGAAAUCAACUGAGGAGUGA